ACGCCGACGCUCUUUCAUACAACAGUCCUCUUUGAAACAACAGCGGUGUUAUUCCUCGGUACUUCGGAGCUCGCUUACUCACUUGAGUUCGAUUAUUCCCUCGAGUAGUUAAUAGUUUGUAUUGUAUCAAUCCCAAAACACCCAAAUCCAAAAACCGUGCUUCAGUGAUAGUGACCACAAUUUAUUUAAAUUAAACACUAAAAAGACUAAAAGAAUCAACAAGUGAUUUGUGAGGCAAAAGCUGUUUACGUAAGCGGCGAUUUUAAAAGUUUUGAUUCGGAGUAAAAGAAAUUCUUUUUUUGAUUAAUCACUGAAGAAAUCAAGGGUCAAAUCGAGCAGCCAAGUUCAAGACCUUCAGAUUGUCUGUUAAAAUGUAUUUUAAUUAUAAUUAUAAAGUGACUUGUUUUAAUAUUGUGACUUAACGAUCGAAUUAACAUUAAUAAUCAUUUUUUAAUAUUUAUGUUGAUUGCAAAGACUGAGUUUAUCGGUUAAGGCUCGUUACUUACUUUUAAUGUGAAGUGAUGUCAAAAUUUGUAAGAAGAUAUUUGUGAAGUUUUGUAGCAUACAGUGAAGUAAUUUUAUCGGUAUGUGUUCGGAGAUUACGAGUUUUUAGACUUUUUUAUGAGUUAUUUUAUUCCUAACACGGACUUAAGAAUGGUAUCUCAUAUUCUUUCACCUUCUGGGGAUAUUCAGCAGGACAGUUUAGGAAGUCCUAGUUUAAGUAGUUUGCAAGAUUCGCCUCAUUCUUUAAAAAUAAAACAAGAACCUUAUCAAUUAUCACCGUCACUUCCAGCUCUUCAUCAAGUAAGUAAUUAUGUAACAGACAUGUCUUCAGGAUGCAUGAGUACGCAAAAAGACUUGGACAUGACGGUGAAUAAUUUCACGCGAAGUUUAACAACUCACCCGCAUUCGCUGGGUCAUUUGCACGAUCACUUGAACCACAGCAGUCCUCGGUCAGCGAUAUCAAUGCAUACGUCGAGUUCCUUGCACUCAAGCAGUCAUCAUCUACAUCAUCAUCAUCACUGCGAUGACAAGACCGGUGCGUCCCCGCCUGUGGUACUUCACAGCUCGAGCAGCGCGAAAACCUCGACAUCUUCGACGCCAAAUGCCUCGUCCACGAGCGCAAACACCAACCUCUCGGCGAAUACCAACGAGGCCAGCACCACUGGGUCCAUCUCCAACAGCAGUGAGGCUUCUUCGACCUCGAUAAAACCUCCUUACAGCUACGUCGCGCUUAUCGCCAUGGCGAUUAAUCACACUCAGCACAAACGCGCGACGUUGAGUGAAAUUUAUUCAUACAUUACCAAUAAGUUUCCUUAUUAUGAGAAGAAUAAAAAAGGCUGGCAGAAUUCCAUCAGGCAUAAUCUUUCUUUGAAUGAGUGUUUUGUCAAAGUUCCUAGAGAAGGUGGUGGAGAACGGAAAGGAAACUUUUGGACACUUGAUCCGCAGUUUGAUGACAUGUUUGAAAAUGGAAAUUACAAGAGACGUAAGCGCAUGAAGAGACCAUACAGAGGGACUUCUUAUCACCAUAAAUCAUUAUUCGGAGAUCCGUAUCCGACGAGUCAUGUUCAUCUAGGAGCGACCAGGAAUAUUUUCGCGCAUUCUCCACCUUCUUAUGCGCCAACCGCGUACACAAGAUACGAUGCCAGCACGUGGAGUCUCCAACAGCCUCAGUUGUCAUACAGUCAUUGUCAAGCGCUCCAACCUCAACUCCAACCAAUGCAGUCGAUGCAAAUACCCACGAUGAACGGCUACGGACAAUUUAAUUCUUUAACGUUUCAAGGAAAUUACAUCGACGUUUCAGGUAGUACCACCAGUUCUCCGGGUUCUAUGCCCAGCAGUUCAUUUGUAGGCAAUAAUUUCGGUAGUUGUUCAAGACGUCACGACACAUCCGUCACCGCCGAUGCCAUGUCUGGAAGAUCAUAUUGGCCAGACAUGGUCAAUGUCAAAGAAGAACCUGGAAGUUCAACGGUCACCUCCGGUGGGCUAGGAACUAUCGGCGUUGGAAGUUCGAUGGUCGGAUCACCGAUGUCAGCCAACGUUUCAUCAACAGGGUUCCCCAGCAUGGAUUUCCAAAGUCGUCCCAAGUGUUACAUGUGAAUUAUCAAUUGACUAUCAAAGUAAUUAUAAUUUAUAAGCAAUUUAAUCCCCAAAGCCAUUGAGAACUUUAUCCGUCGGCAAAUUUUCCCGGACUAGUUUUAUUUUUAAUUGUAAUUGUGAUUAGUAGUUACAAUAUUUAAAAUGUAUUUUUUUUUAUCGUUUAUACGUAAGGAAUUUAUUGAUUUUU